UCUGCUAGGAAAUGUAGAAUAAGGGAUAUCUAGAAGAGGAGAACGCUAUGGGUUCUCCCAAGCAUGUCAUUCUUGUUCCAUUCCCAGCGCAAGGCCAUGUCUUACCGGGUGUCUAUCUCGCCAGGAAGCUAGCAGCGCAAGGAUUGUCUGUGACAAUCAUCAACAUCGACAGCAUCCAUGAGAAUCUAACACGGACCUGGAAGCACAUCGAGCACCAGGACAUUCGCCUCGAAUCCAUUCCAAUGAGACUCAAGGCUCCCAAAGGCUUCGGCGCCGAGAACUUGAACGAUGCCACUGCCUUCAUGGAUGCUAUCUACGAUCUGGAAGAAGCACUCGCAGCCCUCCUCGAGAUCACAAAGCUAAGUCACCCUGUUUCCUGUGUCAUCUCCGAUUUCUAUCACCUCUCAGCGCCUCUCGCCGCUGCUAGAGCUGGGAUUCCUUCCGUUUGCUUCUGGUCUGGAGCAGCGGCUUGGGCUUCCAUUCACUAUAGUCAUUCUUCGCUGGCGGCUGCUGGAUUGUGUCCAGUAGAAGAUUCAGACACUAGCAAGCUUGUCUCCAAUCUUCCUGGCUUGAAACCAUUUAGAGCCGAGUAUCUUCCAUCCUACUACCGCAAAGAGUUCUACGAAAAGAGUGGAGGAGGGAAGUAUUUCUCGCUUUCUCUGCGGCGAGUGGAAAUCGACUCGUGCAUCCUCGCAAACUCGAUCUACGAGCUGGAGCCGCAAGUCUUCGAUGCAAUGCAGCAAGUUGUCCCCGGGAAGUUUGUGUCCGUGGGUCCGUUGUUCCCGCUCAAGGGUGGGGGCGCCAGUGAGAUGGAGGCGAGCUUGAGGCCGGAAAGCCGGGAAUCACUCGAAUGGCUCGACAAUCAAGCACCCAAUUCCGUGCUCUACGUCUCCUUCGGCAGCGUCGCGUCACUCACUCGAGCAGAGAUGGAGGAACUCACGCAGGGGCUCGAGGCCAGCCAGAAGCAGUUUCUAAUGGUGGCCUCGCGGGAUCUAGCUCCAGAAGUGAACGAGAGCUUUUUCCGCGAGUUCGGGGAGAGAUUAUCGCGGUCGGGAGCCGGGAUGGUUGUCAGCUGGGUGCCCCAGUUAGCGGUGCUGCAGCACGGGUCCGUGGGUGGAUUCUUGACCCACUGCGGCUGGAACUCGACGCUGGAGAGCAUGAGCAAUGGAGUCCCGAUGCUGGGAUGGCCCUGCCACUCGGAUCAAAACACGAACUGUAAGUUCAUCCUGGAGGAUCAAGAAAUUGGAAUGGAGCUACGUGAUAAAACCAGGACCGGCAUCUCGAUGGCGAUUCGCAGCUUGAUGGCGAGCGAAGAGAUGAGGAGUAGAGCGUCACACAUCGAGAGAGUCGCCAGAGAGGCCGCAAGCGAGAAUGGAUCAUCAUACAAGAACCUCCAUGCUUUCAUUCAUUCUCUCAAGUAAAAGCGCCUGGUCAA